CCGUCGACCACACUCCUCUCAGGGUUGGCUGCGCGUGGGUACUGCUGGGUGCCUCUGCUCUGCGGCCCCACGCGUUCGCGUCCAUGGCGUGGCGGGGCCGCCCCGAGGCCGGCGCGCUGGCGCUGCUCGCCCUGGUCCUGUGCGCGCGCGGGGCUCAGGGCCGGACGCUGCUGUGGCACUCGGCGGUGGUGGGCCUCGAGUACGUCGACCCGCGUACCAACCGCACGGUGCGCAGCGUUUCCGAGAGUGGUCGCUUCGGCGACGGCUCCCCGCGCGAGCCCCGGCGCGGCCUGGUGGGCGUCCUGCGCGCUCCGGGCGGGGACCCCGGGGGCUGCGCGCCGGACAUGCGCUUUCUCGCGCCCGCCGCCCUCGCGCCCUGGGUAGCCCUAGUGGCGCGCAGGGACUGCCCGCUGCGGGGCCUGGCGCUGGCGGCGGCGCGCGGGAACGCCUCCGCGCUGGUAGUGUACGGCGAGGAGGAAGAGGAGAAGCGCGGCGAGCACCUGGCCGCCUCGCCGGCCCACGCAGGAACAGGAAAUAUAGUGGUCGUUGUGGUAAGCUACCCAAAAGGACGGGAAAUUGUGGAUCUGGUCCAAAGAGGCAUCCUGGUGAGAAUGACCAUACAGAUUGGAGGCAGUCACAUGCAGCUCGCUGACAGUCAUCAGCCCUUUGUUUUUGCAUUCAUCACCGUAAUGAUUCUGUCCUCAGCCUCACUGGUAUUUUACUGUGUGCAGUACUUUCUGUACACUGGCUCGCCACUUGGAAAUCAGAGCCACAGAAAGAAAAGUAAGAAAGUUAUUGGCCGGCUUCCACUUUGCACAGUAAAGCAUGGAGAAAAGGGUGUCGAUGUUGAUGCUGAGAACUGUGCAGUGUGUAUCGAAAAUUUUAAGGUCAAUGAUCUCAUCAGAAUCCUGCCGUGCAGGCAUAUUUUUCAUAGCACAUGCAUUGACCCAUGGCUUUUGGAUCAUCGAACAUGUCCAAUGUGUAAACUUGAUGUCAUCAAAGCCCUGGGAUAUUGGGGAGAGCCUGAGAGCGCACAGGAGCUGUCUGCUGCAGAAUCUGUACCCGGAAGUGUUUCUGCAGAGACUCUGAGUGGGGUGCUCCUGGAGGAAGACACAAGCGUCAGUAGCCACCUGCUGUCACCUUCAUUGUCCUCAUCAAUGUCCCCCAGUGAACCUGGGCCUCAGUGCUCCACCAGGUGUGCCGAGGACACAGGGGAGGACAUGCAGUUGCUAGGUGACUGCAAAGCAGACGGCAUGUGAGUGACACCAAAGCCCGUGGCUCCCAUCUCCCCGCAGAGACCCACGGCUGCAGGGGCACAAGUGCGGGGCAGCACCGCAGGUGGCUUGAAGAUACUAAAGUUGGAAGUUGGAACUAAAAAAUGCCAAGAAUUCAAGGUGUUUUAUUUAAUGAGUUGUCAGGCUCAUGACGUGAAUGUCAGGGUUAGUUCCAUUUCAGGUGAAUGAAUGUCUUUUCUGAGACAUCUCAUGUUGCUGAGGCUGGUUUUCAGCUUCUGAAUUCAAGGGACUCCUCUGCCUUAGCGUGCUGAGUAGCUGGGACCACAGAUGGAGGCCAGUCACGAUCAGCAUCUACUCACGAGGCUGAGGCAGAGGACACAAGUUCAAGUCCAGCCUGGACAACUAGUGAGACCCUGCCUAGAAAUUGAAAGACUGGGGGACAAAGCUCAGUGAUACUGUUUGUCUGGCAUGUGUGGGUCCUUGGAUUUAGUCUCCAACACUGCACCCUAAAAUAAAAACCUCUCCUUCUGGUGGUGUA